GCGUUUCGGCGGGGCCGUUGGGCGCAGAGGGGCCGCCCCCCGGCGCGGUGCGGCUCAGCACGGGUCGGCAUGGGUCGGGGGCUGCCGGCCCUGGCCCUGGCCGGGCUGCUGGCGCUGGCGAGGGCGCCGUCGGGGCGGGCGGCGGCGUGCGAGCCGGUGCGCAUCCCGCUGUGCGAGCCGCUGCCCUGGAACGCCACCCGGAUGCCGAACCACCUGCACCACAGCACGCAGGCCAACGCCGUGCUGGCCAUGGAGCAGUUCGAGGGGCUGCUGGGCACCAACUGCAGCCCCGACCUGCUCUUCUUCCUGUGCGCCAUGUACGCGCCCAUCUGCACGCCCGACUUCCAGCCCGAGCCCAUCAAGCCGUGCCGCGCCGUGUGCGAGCGCGCCCGCGCCGGCUGCGAGCCCGUCCUGCGCCGCUACCGCCACGCCUGGCCCCGCAGCCUCGCCUGCCACGGGCUGCCCAGCUACGACCGCGGCGUCUGCAUCGCCCCCGAGGCCAUCGUCACCGAGCGCGGCGAUUUCCCUAUGGAUUCCAGCAACGGCAACUGUCGAGGUGCUGGCAUCGAGCGCUGCAAAUGCAAGCCCAUAAAAGCUACCCAGAAGACCUAUCUACGCAACAAUUACAACUACGUCAUUCGGGCUAAAGUGAAGGAGGUGAAGACUAAAUGUCAUGAUGUCACUGCGGUGGUGGAAGUAAAGGAAGUCCUAAAAUCUUCACUGGUGAACAUCCCAAAAGACACUGUAAACCUUCACACGAACUCUGGCUGCCUGUGCCCACCACUCAGCGCCAAUGAGGAGUACAUCAUCAUGGGCUAUGAAGACGAGGAGCGCUCCAGGUUACUCUUGGUGGAAGGAUCCAUAGCGGAGAAAUGGAAGGAUCGACUCGGUAAAAAAGUAAAGCGUUGGGAUCAGAAGCUCCACCACCUUGGGAAGGCAAUGGGAGAGCCCGGACACGGCGAGGCGGCUCCGAAGCCAGGCAAAGCCAGCGGUGCCCGGCAAGUGCACAGUUAGAUGUGGGCUGCCGUGCGUUGCCGCGCAGUGGACUAGCUACCGAGACUUCAUUGUUGAAGCAGCAACGGAGAAAUUGCACUAUUGCACGUUAUAUUCUAUUGUUUACUACAAAAUAAUGUUUUAGCUUAUAUUAGUUUUUUAUUCUCCCUCUUGUUUUCUGCCUUAUUUUUUUUUGGAUGUGUGCAAGCUCUGGAAAUAUAUGUAUUUUUUUCUGUUACUAAGAACUGUAGAAAACUGCCUUUAUGAAAUGGGGGAAGAGAAGGAUGUGCUGAAUUGACCAUUUGACCUCCUGAGUCUUCGUAGGGAGCAAAUUCUGAUGCAGGCAGAAAGGGGAUAUGGCAAAGACCAUCGCUUAGAGUCGUGGCUCACACAGCUUCCCCCAGUCACUCUGUCGUAGUCGCUGUUUGCCGGAACUCAUUGUGUUGGGGAGAGGUUGUUUAUCUGUUUUUAAAGGUUUAAAUUUUUAUUCUGAGAUAUAAUGCUGAAAUAUAUAAAGAAAUGAUGUUGAGAACUGUUUUAAUCAGUACACCUUUGUUUUCUUACUCCUAAAUAAACCACUUGUGUAAGCCAAAGUCUAACUUAAAAUAUGUCCUGUGACCAACACGGUGGGCUUGUGCACAGGGGACCAGGGUUUCCACUGCUCUGGACCGUGCAGGAAAGGUUGGAUGGCUCUGUCACUGCAAGACGUAAUUGAUAAUAUCCUUAUUCUCUUAUAACGGCAGUUUUCCCCCCUUUUCUUCCCUUUCUCUGCUGAGUUGUAGGAAUAGACUGAACUUACCAGGCCUGCUUCUCAGUACAGGUCUGCACUUUAUCCUUUUGGGUUUGUGGUGUUAUUCUUAAAUCCGUGCCUACAUAAACAAGCCUUCAAUGCUCACUAAAGUAUGUCCAAUAAAAGAAUUGUAGAUGUCAACACAGACCUUAUCUGACUUUUGAACCAACAUCUUAUUUUUAUAUUACCGUUCAAAAUAUAAAAAGGAAAAAAAACCA